GGAUAUGCUCACCUGAAGGAACAUGUCAGCCUCCAAAUUCCGUAUCGCAUUGAUUCAGCUUGCAGUAACUACAAACAAGGCUCAGAAUUUGCUGCGUGCCAAAGACAAGAUCAAAGAAGCAGUAUCAAACGGAGCGAAGAUUGUUGCACUGCCGGUAAUAUAUUCCUUUCAGAGAAAUUUCCAUGCUAAAAUUGUAAACAUUAUCAUUAUUAUAAUAAUGGUUCUAUGUAAGUUUAUUGACAUACCUUUUAAGGUGCAUUUAUUUGAUAUUGAUGUUCCUGGUAAAAUUCGCUUUCAAGAAUCAGAAGUUUUGUGCAGUGGGAAACAGCUGACAAUGAUGGAUACUCCUUUCUGUAAAAUGGGAAUUGGUAUCUGCUAUGACAUAAGGUUUCCUGAGAUGGCUCAAGUUUACACACAGCAAGGCUGUAAACUGCUAUUUUAUCCUGGAGCAUUUAACAUGACUACAGGACCAGCUCAUUGGGAACCACUUAUUAGGGCAAGGGCACUGGAUAAUCAGUUGUAUGUAGCCGCUGUGUCUCCAGCCAGGGACGAAAAAGCAACAUAUGUUGCCUGGGGUCACAGUACAGUGGUCAAUCCAUGGGGUGAAGUGAUUGCCAAAGCAGACCAUACUGAGAAAAUCCUAUAUUCAGACAUAGAUGUUAACUAUCUUGAAGAUAUUCGAGCCCAGAUUCCUGUUCAGCAGCAAAAAAGGAGUGAUUUGUACAAACUAGAAAUGCCAUCGUGAGGCUGAAAUUUAUUUAUGGUGGAAUAAUGGUCUACGAUCGCUGAUGGACCAGAUGUUGGGAACAGCAACUUCUCAAAUUCUUCCAAGGUCACCUCUGUCCCAUAGUAAAUGCAAAAAUGUAAAUGGUGAAUUUAGUAACAUUUUGGAAAAGGGGUCAGGGUAGUAUUUUUGAAAGCAAUAUAAAAUUAAUGUUGAACAAAUGUGAAGGAACUGAAUUUCAAAAAACAAUGUUGCUAGAUAGGAAAAAAUGUGUUGGGAAGAAUUUGUGUUAUCUAUAUUUUGGAAAUGAUAGCUAAGAGGAAGUGACUAAUAGAAUUGUGUUGAACCAUUGACUGUAUUGAAGCAGUAUAAGAAAUUAUAAUUAUUAAUAUAAUAAUGAAGUAUUUCUCUUGUUUUGUACUGGGUGUUGUCACCUAGCAGUGACUCUAACAGACUCUUCUUUUUCACGUGUGUUUGGACAUCUUUAUGCUUUUAAGAAAUUUUGCUGAAAUGUUGUCAUUAAGGAAGACAUCAGCAUUCAACUGUAAAAGCUGGUCCACUCCUGGCCAAAACAAGUGCCAACUGGGUCAAGUUAAGCUUCAAAGCUUUUAUGACAAGGGUUCUUAUUUUAAAAAGGAGUUGAAAUAAAAGAACGUUAUUAUGAAAAAGUCCUUCAGCCGUUGAAGCCCGGCAGCCAAUCAGGACAUAGAAAGACCCCAUGUGUUAAUGUGGCGCCAUUCCGUUUGAUGAACUGAGCCGAGGCUGAACACUGCCUAAAUUAAAGCUAACAUUUACAGUG